AUGUGCAGUUCCAAUAGUGAUCAAAGCUCAAAAGUAAAUUUGGAAAUUUGCCGUGUUUGCAUGAGCAGCUCAGUGCGCCUGGUGGACAUAUUCUUGGAUCGGCCACUGCCCGACGAUCAAUACAGUCUGGCAGACAUUCUCAACGAGCUGGUGGACUUCAAGGUCAAACGCGAUGAUAAUCUGCCUAAGAAGAUCUGCAUCUCAUGCGGGCUGAAUGCGCAAAUUGCAUUUACAUUCCUGCGCCGAUUCCAACAGAGCUAUCAGCUGCUCUGCAUGUUGGCAGUGGAAAGCGACAAAAUGGUCGAGCAGGAAGCGGAGUCUAGUGAUGAGUCGGAAGCGGGACCGGAACCAGGGGAAAAUAGACCGACUCCACAGAUUCCAAGGAAUACAAGUCCCAAGCCCAGAAAUAGAAACAUCGGCAGCACUGAAAUGAUCAUUGAAAACAAAAAUUUUAAGAACGACGAAUUGAAUAACAAUGACGAUGACUUAUCAAUUCAUAGUGAUAAAACUGUCCACUCUCAUGGAUAUCGGCUGCGUCCGCUGAGGCGUAAGACCUACUUCCCGGCGCCAACCCGUUCCAGCAAGUGUCUCGAGGAGUCCAAUCCCAGCACGGGCAGAAUAUUUCGCCAGUUCAAGUGUGACCAGUGUCGAUCAACAUUCGCCACACAAGCCCGCCUAAAUCGACACAAGCCCAAUCAUAGCGGUGAAUCGACAGUCUUCCAGUGCAAGGCGACUUUCAGCAGUAAAACGCGGAUGCAGAAACAUGCUUGCGCUAAAAACAAAUUACGUCCGCAUAUUUGUUCGCACUGCCAAGAGGGAUUUAAGACCAAAUCGGAACUUUUCAUGCAUCUGUACACGUACAGCGAGGAGCACUAG